AUGGAUCUGGAGACCAGGGUGCAGGCUGAGGCCCUGCUGCUCAAGGCUGCCCGCACGCAUGGCGUCCAGGUACGCCGGGAUGAGGUCCAACAGCAUCUCAGGCACGACCACCACGGCACCGCAUUGGCUGAGUGGGCGAGUUUGCAUCUCACGACUGAUAAUCUCCUGUCACCUGAUGAGUUGGCAAUAUACUCUGCCCUGGACAGGAACGGCCAAGUUGACAUCCUGGCCAAUCUCCACGACCUGUCCGAAGUACAAGGUGUUACCGAGGAUGACAUCAAGCUUGCCAUUGAUGAGCUCAGGAGAUCAACGGAGAGCAUAACCAAGCAGAGCGAAACGUUGCGUCAGCAGCAGGAUGCUCUAUCGCGCCUCGUGAGAAGGCGAGCUGAGAACGAUGCUCGAAGGCGGGAUCUUGACCUUGAUAGGCAAAGUAAAGCUGAGUCGGAGCGGCAGAGAGCUGCUGCAGAGGUAGAGGCGGCUUCUCAGAGCCUUGCCUUUCGCAUUUCUGAUCUCGAGGAGCAAGGCACGCAGGCUGGAUCCAACCUCAAGGGCACUCUCGGCGACAUAUUCCGUGCCGAUGACAAGCUGCUGGCCAAUCUACAGAAGCUGGGCUGGGAGCUGGAGCGGCCAGAUCCAGAUGAAACGCUCAAGAUUGACAAGCUGCGUGAGACAUGCUCGCGACUGGUCAAGAUUACGGUUGAAACCGUUCGGGCCAAACUAGAUACCACCUACAUGGACACUCUUGUGGAAGCCGAGCGCUCGGGGCGCGUCCAGCCUUCGACGCAUGAAGAAGUCGAGGCCCUCGAGGCAGAGGUGGAUUCUCUGCACUCGGAGAUUCUCUCUGUUGCUCAGAUGUCUGUGGAACAGCAGUACCUUGAGCAGGCUCUCCAAACGGUUUCGACAGAAGGCGGCCAAAGUGCGAUGCGCACAUCCAACGCCUUGGAAUACAUUAAUAAAUGCCUUGAUCACUUGGUCGGCCGCCUUGACCAGAUCCAAGGUCGCAUCGAGACUCACCUGUCGCACCAGGCUGCCGCCGCGUCACUCAUCUCCACCGCCAAGAUGGAAAUGGCCGUCGAGAUCUUGCUGCCCGUGAAGCAGCCGUCAUCGUCCGCCCCAGCAUCGAUAUUCCCCACAUCGCCGAGCAAGAGCAGUAAUACUCCUGCGCGGAAGCGCUCCAACACCGUUGGCUCUCACCACCACCGCCGCAGAUCGUCCGGUGUCGCGGACGAGCCCCCGCUCGACACCCUCAUGUACACCAUGUCAGUCCCUUCGUCAGUGUCUGAAGAAACCGACGGCAGGGCACAGAUCGUGGCUCUGUCAAAGAUUCUCGAGGAGCGAUCCAAGAAGACGGAUGAAAUUGCUCGGAAUGCGCAGGAAACGUUUGAACUGGGCGCGCUGGCGCAGCUGAACGAUGCUCGGCUUGCCAUCCAGCUGGUGCGGGACAGCGUGUUGGCUGAGAGUCCGUUUAAUGCGCCGAGACUGGUUGAUCCGGAGAUUUCGGGCUCCAUUACGCUUUUGGCAGCCGAUGUGGAGGGUGCAAAGGACAGGCUGGCACCGGUUGAGGGCCAGAGGAGAGACCGGAAGAGCGAGAAGAGGGACGAGUUUGUUGAACGAUGGGCAUGAGCUGUGGGAGAAACCCUCCGAUAUCCCGUUUGCGGGUGUCCAUGUUGAGAGCUUUCAAGGGUUUAUACCUGGUGUUUGAAUUUACACACUGCCUUGAAUCGACGCAAAGGGCAAGAAAACUUGUUCCAGAAGCUGGGACAAAUCUAUCACCAUAUUCUCUGACCAUCAGGAUUGUCCAACUUGGUAACUUGUGUGACUACCAUAAAACAAAUAAUUUGUCUGCACUCAAAUACUACCUAGGAAUUUGGAAUUUAUAAAUAGAGUCAUAGUCAUCUGUCAAAAGAUGCAGUUUGGCCC